GUAUAUUAUAUCACACCGAAAAAUCGAAUUUUAUUUCGGGGUCAGACAAAAAGUAUCGUCUGCUUUUUAUUAUCAUUAUAGUUCUCGUUCUCGUUUUAUCCUUGCUUUUAUCUCACUGACAUACGUUAUUUUAUCUUUUAUUACAAUAAAUAUACUCGUGUUUGAAAAUUAUUAAUUGCUUGAGAAAACAAUAAGAUUUUAUUUAAAAAUUUUAAUUUUAAAAUUGAACAAUGGCAGCCCAAUGGAUACGUAAAGCUAUUACACCAAAAAUCGGCAAUGUAAGAUUAUACAGUGGUGGAUUAAAAAAAUGUACAUUGAUACCGGGAGAUGGAAUUGGACCUGAAAUUUCAGCAGCUGUACAAAAAAUAUUUGAUGCCGCUAAGGUACCAAUUGAAUGGGAAUCGGUAGACGUUACACCAGUAAAAGGUCCAGAUGGAAAAUUCGGAAUUCCUCCUGCUGCGAUUGAUUCAGUUAAUAAAAAUAAAAUUGGUCUUAAAGGUCCUUUGAUGACUCCUAUCGGUAAAGGACAUCGGUCUCUUAAUUUAGCAUUAAGAAAAGAAUUUAAUUUAUAUGCAAAUGUAAGACCCUGUAGGUCACUAGAAGGUUACAAAACACUUUAUGACAAUGUAGAUGUUGUAACCAUUCGUGAAAAUACAGAAGGUGAAUACUCUGGUAUUGAACACGAAAUAGUUGAUGGUGUUGUCCAGUCAAUAAAACUUAUUACUGAAGAAGCAUCACGUCGUGUUGCUGAAUUUGCCUUCCAGUAUGCCACUGAUAAUAAUCGUAAAAAGGUUACAGCAGUCCACAAAGCAAAUAUAAUGCGUAUGUCAGAUGGUUUAUUUUUGCGUUGUUGCCGAGAAGCUGCGAAGAAAUUUCCCAACAUUAAAUUCGAAGAACGUUAUCUCGAUACCGUAUGUCUGAAUAUGGUACAAGACCCAUCUCAAUAUGAUGUACUAGUGAUGCCAAAUUUGUACGGUGACAUCUUGUCCGACAUGUGUGCUGGUCUUGUAGGAGGUCUAGGUCUUACACCUAGUGGCAACAUUGGACUAAAUGGCGCUUUAUUUGAGUCAGUUCAUGGUACUGCACCUGAUAUUGCCGGUCAGGAUAAAGCAAACCCCACUGCCUUGUUGUUAUCAGCAGUAAUGAUGCUCAAAUAUAUGGGUCUUAAUGAUCACGCACGUAUUAUUGAACACUCUGCUUAUGAAACCAUAAAAGAAGCAAAAUUUUUGACCGGUGAUUUGGGUGGUAACGCCAAGUGUAGUGAGUACACCAAUGAAAUUUGCAAAAAAGUUAUCGCCCAAACUAAGUAAAUCAUUAUUAUUAUAAAUAAAAUAUAAUAAAGGUCGUGAGGAAAAUCGUGAGGCUUUCAAGUGAAAACAAUAAUCAUUAUUUGUUUUUUUUUUUUUUUUUUUUUUUUCAUAUUGUUAUU